AUGUCGACAACAAUCACUACCACUCCUCCGCACAAGCGCCGAAAGACAUACCCGCGCUGGAAAUCUGCCCCACGGGCGACAUAUCAUAUCCUCACGCCCGAGGCCGCCGCACCCGCACCCGCCAACGAUGCCAGCACCACACGAAACCCACGCCGCUGCGCUUCCGUGUGUCGUCGUCGGUGCUGUGCGCUGCAUCCCCGGUUUUUCAAUGCCAUGCUCGGCCCCACCAGCAGUUUCGCGGAGGCCGUUUCGCUGCGCACAGCGGCGAGGGCGCCAGAAUCCUCCCCGAUCAAGCCGUCAGCGCCCCUCGUGCAACAUGUGCAGCCACUCUAUGACGACAACGGCACGGCUCUCGCCGUGAUCCUGUAUGCGCUGCACCUACAGACGCACAAGGUGCCGCGCACGGUGACGUUUCCGCAGCUGAAGCAGCUGGCGGUGGUGUGUGACAAGUAUGCCUGUGUGGGGGCGGUACGGCUGUGGGCGGAGGUGUGGAUGGAGCCGUUUCGGAACUAUGUGACGACGGUGGGGUUCGAGGACUGGCUGUUCAUCGCGUGGGUGUUUAGUAGUCGCAAGUUCUUUGGGCGGGUAAGCAAGAGUCUUGUGCCGAGGGUUGUGGUGGGCGAGGAUGAGGCGGGCAGGAGGGUGGUGAGCUGGGCGGCGCACAAGGGGCGGGGGAGGGACCGGUUGAGGCAGUUUGAUGCAUGCGCUGUUGAAGCAACGGAACACCAUCGUGAAGGAGAUCGUGACGCUGUGCUCGUCCACAUUCACAAGUACGCAUCCGGCGCAAUCCCGCUGUGCAAACACACACCCAACGACCCCCGGUGCGACACAUAUCUGCUGGGCGCGCUGUACAAGGCCUUUGCGGGCAUUGGGAUGUUGGGCUUCGACAUGAAGACGGUGGACACUUACUCGAUCGAGGAGCUGGUGGAUGCGGUGAGGGGAAUCCGCAUCAAGCACCUGGACUACGACGGGUGGGGUGAGAUAGCGGUGGAGGAGGAGGAGGAGGAGGAGGAGGAGGCCGCCGCCGCCUCCGCGCCGGUGGUAGACGCUGGCGCGGAUGUGGUGGCGGAUGUGGUGGCGGAUGCGGGGGCGGACGCUAACGCGGAAGCUAACGCCAACGCCAACGCCAACGCCAACGCCAACGCCAAUGCCGACGCUAAUGUGAAUGCAGAUCCGGCGCUGCAGAUGCAGUUGCAGAUGCGGAUGUCGAACCAAAUGCUGAUGCAAAUACGGUCCAACGCGGAUGCUGUUGCAGCGGCAGACACAGUGGUCAAUGACAACGCUGAGCCAAACGCGAUGCUAAUGCUGUCGUCGUGGAUGGCAAUUCAAUGCUGA